AUGGCCUCUCUAAGGAAGAAAGGUCCCCCAGCCCGCGGCGAAUCUCGUCUCAAAGCCGGCUUCGGUGCCAAAAUGCUCGCAAAAAUGGGUUACGUCGAAGGCCAAGGUCUCGGUUCAAAUGGGCAAGGAAUCGUGAAUCCUAUCGAGACCAAGUUACGGAGUGGACGGUUGGGUGUGGGAGGGAUGAAGGAGAUGACGGAGCAGGCGAGGGAGGAGGCGAGGAGGAGGGGUGUUGUGUUUGGUGACGAUGAGGAUGAGUUACAGAAGAAGCGAAAGGCAAAGGCUAAGAAGGAGGGGGGUGCGGGGACGCCGAGGAUGGGGGCAGGGAGGGGGAGGAAGGAGAAAGAGGUUUUUAGGACUGCGGAGGAGAUUGCGGUUGAGGCUGGUGGGUUGGUUAUUCCGCCUGCGCUGGCGAAGAUUGUGGAUAUGACUGGACGUGAGGUCAAGACUAUCUCCGCUGCCGAAGGUGUCGGUACACCAAAGGGGGAGAAUAGACAGGAUGUGGAGAUGAAGAUUGCGUUGAUGGCGCGGAGGGAGUUGGAGGCGUAUGCGUCUGAAUGGAAGGCAUUACAGGACCAAAAGAAAUAUGUCGAGCAAGAAGAGAAACGACUCGCGAGGGUUAUUGACGAUGAGACCGAAAAGAUCACAAGACUUGAGGGAUUGGUCGCGCUAGUCGUGGAGAUCGAGGAUAUGAGUUCUAAGUCUACGGGCCACGAGAGUGAGGUCGCUUUGGAUUGGAUCUCCGCUAAGCUGGAACAGAUGCAAUUCCAGUACCGGGACGAAAGCGAAGCCCUCGAACUCGACCAAGUCGCUGUGGGUGCCAUUACACCCUUUAUCAAACAAGCACUUGCCUCCUGGGAUCCCCUCUCCCAACCCACCUAUUUAUUGGAUUAUUUCCAUCGGUGGAGGGGGGUGUUGAGAAUUAAGAGUAAGAGCGAUAUCGAGGCCCAAUUUGAGGCGAAUGGGUUCUUGGGGGAGGAGAGGGAGAGGACGACGUAUUACGAGACGCUGAUGAUGCAGAUUUGGUUGCCCAAAGUCCGGUCGGCGAUCAACAAUGAGUGGGAUCCCCUCCACCCGGGGCCUGUGUUAAAUGUGCUCGAAGCGUGGGAACAGCUGUUACCCCCGUUCAUAAGUCAGAGUAUACUCGAGCAGCUCAUCCUGCCCAAGCUGCACGCGGCAGUGCAGGAGUGGAACCCGAGACGGAAAGGGCCGGAGCCGCAUACGUGGGUGUUCCCGUGGUUACCGUUACUGGGAGAACGUAUGGCUGAGGUGGUUGAUGAUGUCAAGAGGAAGUUUGGGAAGGUGUUGGCGGGGUGGAGGAUUGAGGAUGGCGUUGUGGAGGGUUUGGAGGAGUGGAGGGAGGUGUUUGGGAAGGGUGAGAUGGAGGGGAUAUUGGUUAAGCAUCUACUACCCAAACUCGCCAGUGUGCUUAGGGUUGAUUUCGAGGUGGAUCCGGCGGAUCAGAAGUUGGAGCCGCUGGGACUCGUGUUUCCCUGGUUACCAUUUUUCCGGCCAAGCACGUUCGGACAGCUUUUCGAGGCAGAGUUCUUCCCGAAGUGGUUGAAUAUUCUGUAUUUGUGGUUAACGGAUGAACCGAACUACACAGAGGUGAGUCAGUGGUAUCAAUUUUGGCAGGAGGUGUUUCCGAGGGAUAUGAGGAGUAUCCCGGCUGUGCGGAAAGGGUUUGCGAAGGGGUUGGAUAUGAUGAAUCAGAGUCUUGAUCUUGGGGCGAGGGCUGCGAAGGAACUUGCUCCGCCCGCUGCUGGACCAGCGAAACCCAUCGCACCGCCUACAAAGCCGAUGGAGAAAGUACAGCCGAAGAAGUAUGUACCGCCGGUUGAAACGACUUUCAAGGAUAUCGUCGAGGGCUUUUGUGCGGAGAAUAAUCUGUUGUUGAUGCCUACGAGAAAGGCGCAUGAAGUUACGGGGAAGCCGUUGAUGAGGGUUACGGCGAGCGCGAGCGGGACGGGUGGGGUGCUUGUUUAUUUGGAUCAGGAUGUUAUUUGGGCGCAGGAUCGGAAGAGGAGGGAAGUGUUUGAGCCGAUCGGGUUUGAGGAUUUGUUGAAAAGGACGGGAUAG